AUGACAAUGUUAUUAACAUCUCUUUCAAUGUAUAUUAUUACUCCAAGUGGCUCAUGCGUUCGUGCUUCUUCGAUUAUUUCCGACACCAAGUUUUUUAAAUGUGUUAGCGGAUUUCUUGCUCGUUUAAACGAUAGUGUGCCUAUAUACG